AUGUUUGGGGCUCCAUUUGGAAGACCCAGAGGGCAGUCUAAUGCUCCUAGUCAAUUUAAGGAACUGGCAAGGAAUGCUAUUUAUCAACAGCUUCCUCCACUGAUGAUGUCCGGGGUCACUUCGAUUAGGUCUGCUCCUUCACAAGUUCAAUACAAUAAACAACAUCAGCUGCAUAAGUCACUGUCAUCUAGCAUUUUCUCAAAUAACAAGCGAUCUGUCAGAUCUGCUCCUUCAAUAUAUUCAAGUUCAACCGCUACUAUACCCGAGGACUCAGAACCAGUGUCGACUACUGUUGAGCAGUUGGUAAACGACAUUGCGUUGCAUGAGAAGUUUUAUUUAGAGCAGAGCUCAGAAAUGGGAACCAUAGCUAACAAUAGUGAGAUGGAUGUCGGAGAGCUAUAUAAAAUAUCUUUGGGGUCUGAGCUACAGUAUCAAAAUAUUCCUGAAUCCUUGGUAGACUGGAACUUGAAUGUCACUAGGUGUAAGUUAAUAAUUACGCUGUUGCCUUCAGUCUCAGCAAUCCCAGAGCUAAGUUACUCAUCAAGCUCUCUUCCUCAAUUAGUUGGAGAUUUGGCAAAUAUAUGCCAUAUUGUUUUAAUUCAACCACAUAUUACAGAUACUGAAUUGAUUUACACGUUAUUCUCGUCAAACUUAUACCAGGAGCAUAAUCUCGACUUUCAUUUUAAAAGAUCUGUUGCUGAAGUUUCCGUCAAGCAAUCGAGGCUCUUGCAGAUUAAUUCCACGCGAAGGGACAGUACAACCCCAAUAACGUCUGGGGAACAAUCAUUUUUGAAGUUCAAAUUCAAAGAAAUUGCUGUGCGAAACUAUUUGAUUAACUUGGCUACUGCUGCAACAACAGCUUAUGAAUACAAGCAGAAAACUGAUUCUAUUAAGAAGUCUUUAAAACGGGCAGAUGGACCAAGAGUAAAACUUUCGAAGGAUGAGAAAAAGAGACUAUGGGACGAAGUUAGACUGGAAGUCUUUAGAAGAGCCGGCUUAGAAGAAAAUUAA